GCCGGCUUCUCAUUGCAUUUUUUGCAUAAAUUCUGACGCACGUAAAUAUUUCACUAAUUGUGAAAUAAAUAAAAAAUCGAUUUGCAUUUCGGCUUUUAAUACUUUUUAGAUAGUUGUAAUUAAUAAAACAAUCGCAGGUCGGUCAAAAUGGUUGUCCGCCCGUACAACGAUGAGUUAAAGUAUUUGGAAAAAAUCAGUGACCACUGCUGGCGCAUCAAGAAAGGAUUCCAGCCCAACAUGAAUGUGGAGGGCUGCUUCUACGUGAACAGCCGGUUGGAGCAGCUCAUGUUGGAGGAGCUAAAAAAUGCUUGCCGUCCGGGAGCUGUAGGUGGCUUUCUGCCUGGAGUUAAGCAAAUUGCAAAUGUGGCCGCACUUCCCGGUAUAGUUGGACGCUCAAUUGGCCUGCCCGAUAUUCACUCAGGUUAUGGCUUCGCUAUUGGCAACAUGGCAGCAUUCGACAUGGAUGAUCCGCUGUCUGUGGUCAGUCCCGGUGGUGUUGGGUUCGAUAUCAACUGUGGUGUGCGUUUGCUUCGCACAAAUCUGUACGAGAAAGAUGUGCAACCGGUAAAGGAGCAGCUAACACAGUCGCUCUUCGACCAUAUACCAGUGGGUGUAGGCUCCAAGGGUAUUAUACCCAUGAAUGCCCGUGAUCUGGAGGAGGCGCUGGAAAUGGGCAUGGACUGGUCAUUGCGUGAGGGCUACGUCUGGGCGGAAGACAAGGAGCAUUGCGAGGAGUAUGGUCGAAUGCUGAGUGCCGAUCCUGCCAAGGUCAGUUCGCGUGCCAAGAAACGUGGACUUCCACAACUGGGCACAUUGGGUGCCGGCAACCAUUAUGCUGAAAUCCAAGUGGUCGAUGAGAUCUUUGACAAAUGGAGUUCCAGCAAAAUGGGUAUUGAGGAGAAGGGCCAAGUUGUGGUCAUGAUUCACUCUGGCAGUCGUGGCUUUGGUCACCAAGUGGCCACAGAUGCCCUGGUAGAGAUGGAGAAGGCCAUGAAACGAGACAAAAUCGAGACUAACGAUCGCCAGCUGGCCUGCGCACGAAUCCAUUCUGUCGAAGGACAGAAUUAUCUAAAGGCCAUGGCGGCUGCUGCCAACUUUGCUUGGGUGAAUCGCAGCUCAAUGACGUUUCUGACACGUCAAGCAUUUGCCAAAAUGUUUAACACCACACCGGACGAUCUGGACAUGCACGUCAUCUACGAUGUAUCGCAUAACAUAGCCAAGGUGGAGAAUCACAUUGUGGAUGGAAAGGAGCGCCAGCUACUUGUGCACCGUAAGGGCUCUACGCGCGCUUUUCCUCCUCAUCAUCCUUUGAUUCCUGUCGAUUAUCAAUUGACUGGACAGCCCGUGCUAGUUGGAGGCACCAUGGGAACUUGCAGUUACGUGCUAACAGGCACAGAACAGGGCAUGCAGGAGACAUUUGGCAGUACUUGCCAUGGCGCAGGUCGAGCCUUGUCACGUGCCAAAUCGCGCCGCAAUAUCGACUAUAAGCAGGUACUAGGCAAACUCGAAGAAAUGGGCAUUUCCAUACGAGUCGCCUCACCCAAGCUGGUCAUGGAGGAGGCACCCGAAUCAUACAAGGACGUGACGGAUGUUGUGGACACCUGUCAUGCGGCAGGCAUAAGCAAGAAGUGCAUAAAACUGCGUCCCAUUGCAGUGAUUAAGGGCUAGAACAUAAAUGAUAUAAAGAAUGAACUGUAAUUGAAUUAUAUAUUAAUUUGUUUUGCUUGGGAGUAAACGACGAUGAUAGAUGAAA